AAGGGAGAAAUAAAUCAAAACGUGGAGAGAAUCCCAGCUGAAGAGAGGACGGGCGAGAAAGGAGCUGACACCCAGGCGGAGAUGGGGGAGCAACCCAUCUUCAGCACCAGGGCCCAUGUCUUCCAGAUCGACCCUGCCACCAAACGGAACUGGAUCCCCGCCAGCAAGCACGCCUUGACUGUCUCCUACUUCUACGAUGCCACACGCAAUGUGUACCGGAUCAUCAGCGUGGGGGGCACCAAGGCAAUCAUCAACAGCACUAUUACCCCCAACAUGACCUUCACAAAGACGUCCCAGAAAUUUGGACAGUGGGCAGACAGCCGAGCCAACACAGUGUAUGGACUGGGCUUUGCUUCGGAGCAACAUCUCUCCCAGUUUGCAGAGAAGUUCCAGGAAGUGAAAGAAGCAGCCCGUUUGGUGAGGGAAAAGUCCCAGGAUAAAACAGAGCUGACCAAUCCUGCCCUGAACAUCACGUCUCACCAGGUACUUCCCAGCCCCCUCAUCAGCUCCAAUGGGCCAGGAGAAGAUAAGCUAUUCCGGAGCCAAAGUGCCGAUGUUGAGAUAUCAACAGAGAAGGAGCGGCUGAAGAAGAUGCUUUCAGAAGGCUCGGUGAGUGAGGUCCAGUGGGAGGCCGAGUUCUUCAGCCUCCAGGACAACAACAGCAAGCUGGUGGCUGCUCUCCAUGAAGCCAACGCCAGCGUGGACCAGUGGAAGAAGCAGCUGGCUGCUUAUCAGGAGGAGACGGAAACGCUGCGGCAGCGGGUAGCAGAACUGGAGUCACAGGGGGCUCACGAUUCCUCCAGUGAGAACAACAAGGAAGAGCUGAGCCAAACCCUGGAGGAGCUGGAACUACUGAUCAAGGCUAAAGAUGAGGAGAUUCAGAUGCUGAAGAGCCAGAAGUGUGGCUGGUGGGAAGCAGAGGGCGAGCGUGAGGAGACACUGCAGAAGCUGCAGGAGCUGGAGGCACGCAACGCCGAACUGGAGCGACGCCUUCACCUUGCUGAGCAGACGCUGGCGGACACCCUGGCCGAGAGGGAGAAGAUGCAGAACGAGGUCACCAAGGUGGCAGAGAUAAUGGAUGUGAAGAUAUUUGAGCUCAGUGAGAUCCGUCAGGGACUAGCCAAGCUGGUCGAGAGCAACUGAGCAGCAGCACGCUCAAAGGAGACGCCUCCGGAGGAGGGGAGCCCGAGCUGGGACUGGUCACUGUCAGCUAUUACGGUCACAGAACAGCCUCGAGGUCUGUUCGGGCAGGAUACGCCAACAUACCAGCAGCUGCCUGGACAGCGUGGAGACCAGCCGCAGCCGCUUACUGCCCACUGAACACCCAGACGGGGCAGAGAGGACCUGAGCUCCUGAAUCCUCUCCAGGGAGCAUCUACAAGUCACAGCCAGACCUCUCUGGACCCUGCCGCGGCUGUGGCGUGGUCCAGAGAGAGCAGUUGUCCCCGUGCUGCCUUCCCAGCCUCCCCGCUGCCACACUGUGUCUCCAACAUUUUUACAGUUUUCUAGGGGAAGGGGCUGAGCAGCCUUUGCAUUUUUUCAGUAGUUUUUUAGGAAACCACUUGCCUUUUGCAAAUAAGCCGCCUGUUUCCCCACCGAGGGAGGGAGGAGACGUCCAAGCACACCGAGGACAACAGUUGCUCCUUUUCCUCUUCCCCAGCCCUAACCGCAUCACGUCUCUCUAACAGGAUCCAGUAACACUGGUCGCUGCCAGGAGCUUCCAGAGGUAGCAGAGUCCCCACUGCCGAGAAGGGCGCUUGCCUGACCGUGUGUCCUUUCCACUGUUCAGUCACUUCCUCCAGAGGAAAGGAACUGCAGGUUUUAAAGCCCUUAUUAGUUUAACACAGCGGGAUUUAAUGACUUGUUAAAACUCCUUUAAGCGGAGAAGAGUAAGGGCUUGGUUGGGAAAGGGGCAUUGGAGAAAUGGGACAUCCCCAAGGGGAGGGCCAGCAAACUGCUAGAUUGGCAUCUCUCCCAGCCUCUAAAGGGCUGCAGUUAAUUGAAAUUAAAUGGAGCAAAU